UCCAACUCCACCCACCCGGCCGGCCACCACCCUCGUCGCGCAUCGAUCCCUCGUCCGGGAUCGAUAGUAGAUCGACGAUGGCGGCGUCCGACUUCCAAGCUGUGUGGUCGGCGUCGGAGGUCUACGCGUUCCGGGGCUGGGUUCCUUCUGUACACGACGCAGGGUGGGGACGACGGCCGCCGCCGCCGCCGCCGCCGCCGUUACGCCUCGAGUUGCUGGACUAUGUCGGUUGUUUAGUCAUCGUGCUCGUCGUCUGCAUCACCGCCCUGCACUUCCGUGGCUUCUUGCUCGACGACGAGUACUCCAUCGUCAACGUCCUCGCGCUGCUUCUGACCAGAAUUAUGCACAUGCUCGUGAUCAAGUCCUCUCCGGCGCCGUCCAGCUGGACCGCCCUCGCGCUGCUUCCAACCUGUCCGGCACCCGCCCUAAGCACGCCGCCGGUGUGCUACGAAUGGGAGAAACCAGCAGCUGCCAUGGUGCUGCCAGUCAGUAGCGGCUCUGCCGCAGAUAGCAACUGGCGGAGCAAUGAACAGGACUGUGAUUACACGGCCGCCAGGAAGUGCUUUGACAGUCUUGUACGUGAUGCUGCCUGGACCUGUGAUGAACAAGACGAUUACAAUGCCGCCAUGAAAUGUUUUGACAGUCUUGUCCACAAUGCUGCCAGCAUCUGCUUCGUUUGCAGCUAUGACGCUAUUCCUCUGACUCGUCAAUUUGAUGAUCCACCUCCGACAUGAACGAAAAAGGUCUUGAUGGCUGCGUGGAGCAAUUGAUGUCCGGACUUUGAGUAUUGCAUGAGCUCAGCCUAGCUUAAAGAAAGCUGUUAGUAACAGUAAUAUAUAAAUAUCCAAUGUUUCUAAAUCGGUUAAACAAUGCAAGCAACCGAAUUUUAUCCUUGCUCGUAAGCGGUGACAUGUGUGCCAAGAAGUGAGGAUUGAUGCCUCAAAUCCAUUGCCUCCA